UUUGAGCCGUUGCCACCCCCACCAGACCCUUACAAUUACACUCUGAAAGUUGCAGGAAAAAACACACUACUCUCAAACUCUGAAUCAAAACACUUUUCUACCCUUUGUGAAAAUAACAUAUACAUACAUAUAUGGUUUGUUUCUGCUUUCUGGUGGAUCAGAAGAGCGUGGUGCGGCGGAGCAAGCCGGUGGCGGGGACGUGUUCGCGGUGCCGACACGGGGCGUUGGUGGCCGACAUGCAAACGGCGACGAGGUUUUGUUACAUUCCGUUCUAUUGGAAGUCGUGGAAGGCCAUUGUGUGUAGUUUUUGUGGUAGUAUUCUCAAAUCUUACAAUACCUGAUUUUUCACCUUUAUAGCACUGGCUUUGCUAUUC